CAGCUGCAGUAGGCAGAGGACAGCGGCAGGAUUAGCAGCAGUGGCUGCCGUUUGCUAUUGUUCAGCCAGAACGUUCUCCUUUUCGCUCCAGCCAACCAUAGGAGCAGAAGCCGAGGAGAUCCGCCACAUGCGCCGUUCCUUUGGGGAACACUAACUGAAGAGGCACGCAAACUCUUUCAGUCUGUGUGACUGAACUUCUUUCUCUGCUCUCAUUGGGGUUUCUUUUCCUCCUGACCGAGUGGAUUUUACCCGACUCAGGGGAGCCAUGGGACUUGGGGUUAGGGGUGCAAGGACAGCGCCCCUGUGUUUAUGGAGGUUAUUUUUACUGCUCUGUGGAAUCUGGACCACUUGCUCCCAAACGACAGGAGACGGGAAGUCACUGUACUUCUGGGAGACAGGUCCAUGGGGCAGAUGUAUGGGCAGCGAGUGCGGUCCAGGAGGCAGUCAGAGUCGGGCGGUGUGGUGCGCUCAUGUGGAAGGCUGGACGACCCUUCACACCAACUGUCUUCAGUCCACGAGGCCGGCCAACCAACAGAGCUGCUUCCGCGUCUGCGACUGGCACAAGGACCUAUACGACUGGCGGCUAGGCGAGUGGAACCAGUGUGUUCCCAUAUCGCUGCAGACCGGCCGCACGGGCGUUUGCCUGCAGGGCGAAGAGGGCAUCCAGACACGGGAGGUGAACUGUGUGCUCAAGGCGGACAGCUCAGCUGCCGACGACGCCAUCUGUGAGUACUUUGAGCCCAAACCCCGGCAGGAACAGGCCUGUUUAAUUCCUUGCCCUCAAGACUGUGUGGUGACCGAGUUCACCCCGUGGACCACAUGCUCCAAGACCUGCGGGCUGGGCCUGCAGAACCGCGUCCGCUCCAUCGUGGCACCGCCGCUUUUCGGCGGGCUUCCUUGCACCAAUCUGACGGAGUUCCAGACGUGUGCGCCGAGGGCCUGCGAGGGCAGAGAGACGGUGUUCAGUCUGAAAGUGGGCGGAUGGAGCGAGUGCAAGCUGCCAUCUUUACCGCCCCCUCCGACCUCCUCUGCCGCCCCCUUGCGCACCGCCCGCCAGGCCCGCCGGCGGAACGGCAAAGAGAGGAAAGGGAACCGGGACCCGGAGAUGCGCGAGCUUAUUAAGAGCAAAAGGAACCGCAACAAGCUGAAUCGACUAGAGGACGAGCUCUGGAACAUGGAAAUAGGCUACCAGUCUCGGCAAGUGGUUUGUGUGCAUCGAAACGGAAGCACGGUGUCACUCAGCCAGUGUCCCCACUGGAGUCUUCCGGAGACGUUCCAGUCCUGCCUGAUGACUAAAGACUGUGUGGUCAGUGAAUGGAGCGUGUGGGGCUCCUGCUCAAAGACCUGCUCAGACCCUAGUGUUCCUCAGGGCACACACUCCCGCAGCAGACAGCUGAUACGGCUUCCUACCGGAGGAGGGUCUGAGUGUCCCCAGCUGGAGGAAAGCCAGGCCUGUGAACCUGAAGGGGACGAGGUGCCGCCCUGCGCCACUUAUGCCUGGCGGACCACUGAAUGGAGCGAAUGUCGUGUUGACGCACUGCUCAGCCAGCAGGACCGGCGGCGUGGGAAUCAGACGGGUUUGUGUGGUGGAGGUGUGCAGAGCAGAGAAGUGUACUGCUUCCAGGCCAAUGCAGAACUUCUCAGCUACAUCUAUAACAACAAAGACAAACAAGCAUUGAAACCCGUCGACGUUCUGCUCUGCAAGGGAACGACUCUGAGUACCACGCAGCUGUGUCAAAUCCCGUGCCCUGUGGAGUGUGAAGUGUCCCCGUGGGGCGCCUGGGGGCCCUGCACCUGUGAGAAUUGCGAUGAACGCGUCGUGAAGAAAGGUUUCAAGUUCAGACGACGUACAAUCACUAAUUACCCCACGGGUGGCGAGGGGAACUGUCCUCAUCUGGUGGAGGCCAUCCCGUGUGAUGAUCCCAGCUGUUUUAGCUGGCAGCUAGUCAAGCUAGAGGAGUGUAUCCCUGAAGAAGACAUGGACUGUGGAGAGGGAACGCAGACUCCACAGGUCCGCUGCAUCAACAGCGAAGGUACAGAGGUGGAGAAGGAGAUGUGUGUGGAUGAGGUCUACCCUUCAUCUGUGCCCUGUGUGGUUCCCUGCCCUAAAGACUGCGCUCUCAGUCUCUGGACCGAAUGGUCCACCUGCUCCCAGACCUGCUCCAGCAAAACCGCCGAGGGCAAGCAGAUGAGAACACGAGCCAUACUGGCAUACAAUGCAGGAGAAGGAGGUUCCAGCUGUCCGAACACCAGCACCCUGCAGGAGGUUCGGAACUGUAAUGAGCAUCCUUGCAUCGUGUAUCACUGGCAGACGGGCCAGUGGGGACAAUGUGUGGAGGAUACCACUACAUCCAUAAAUUCCUCCUCCAGCGCAGAAAAAUCCACCUGCACCGUGGGUGUGCAAACGCGCAAGGUCAUCUGCGUAAAAGUCAACGUCGGGCAGGUACCGCCCAAAAAAUGUCCUGAAGCCCCUCGCCCGGAGUCAGUAAGACCCUGUCUGCUGCCCUGCAAAAGAGACUGUAUCGCCACACCCUUCAGUGAAUGGACAGAGUGUCCCACAUCCUGUGAAACAGGUACAAAUGCGCAGAAGAAUAAACAGUUUCGCUAUCGAAUGAUCAUCCAGAUGUCAGCUAAUGGAGGUCAGGAGUGUCCAGACGUCCUCUAUGAAGAGAAAGACUGUCCGACUCCAUCUGUCUGUCCGGUUUACAGGUGGAAAACGCACAAGUGGCGUAAAUGUCAGCUGGUCCCAUGGAGCAUCCGCAGAGACAGUAAAGGAGCUCAGGAGAACUGUGGAGCUGGAGUCCAAACUAGAGCUAUCUCGUGUAGGCAGCUGGAUGGUACAGUGGCUGAUGUGGUUCAGUGUCUGAAGUUUGCCAGCAGCAUGCCGGUUAUGAGCCAGCCCUGCCAGUUACUGUGCCGAGACGACUGCCAGCUCUCCAACUGGUCCAAGUUCUCUCCUUGCACCUCAGACUGCGUAGGGGUCCGUACGCGGAGGAGAGCUCUCGUGGGAAAAAGCAAGAAGAAGGAUAAGUGUAAGAAUGGCCAGAUGUACCCACUGAGCGAGACCCAGUACUGCCCCUGUGACAAAUACAACGCCCAGCCGGUGGGAAACUGGUCUGACUGCAUCCUGCCCGAGGGCCGCGUGGAGAGCGCCGUGGGCAUGAAGGUCCAGGGAGACGUUAAAGAGUGCGGACAGGGCUACCGCUACCAGGCCAUGGUGUGCUACGACCAGGACAACAAGCUCGUGGAGACGUCACGCUGUAACAGUCAUGGGUAUAUAGAGGAGGCCUGCAUCGUCCCCUGCCCGUCUGAUUGUAAACUCAGUGAAUGGUCCAACUGGUCUCGCUGCAGUAAAUCCUGUGGCAGUGGGGUCAAAGUUCGCUCAAAAUGGCUCAGAGAAAAGCCUUACAAUGGAGGAAGACCCUGUCCAAAACUGGAUCACCUUAACCAGGCACAGGUCUAUGAGGUGGUCCCGUGCGUCAGUGACUGCAGUCAGUAUAUCUGGGUAGCUGAACCCUGGAGUGUGUGGAAAGUCAGUAACGUGGAUCUGAAGGAGAACUGUGGCGAGGGCGUUCAGACCAGAAGAGUCAGGUGUAUGUUGAACACAGUGGACGGUCCCACUGAUGCGGUGGAGGACUAUCUGUGUGAUCCAGAGGAGAUGCCACAGGGCACGAGGGAGAACCGACUGCCCUGUCCCGAGGACUGUGUGCUGUCCGACUGGAGCCCCUGGACCCCAUGUGACCUGCCAUGUUCUGGAAGAGGAGAUCGAGAGAGGACGGCGUUUGCCCUGCGUCUGCCUAAAGAGGGAGAGGACUGUCCGGUUAGCAUGCAGACCGAGCCCUGCCUCCUGAACCGCAACUGCUUUCACUACAGUUACAACAUCACCGACUGGAGCACGUGCCAAUUAAGUGCCAGCGCUGUGUGUGGAAUCGGUCUCAAGACGAGGAUGCUGGACUGUGUUAGAAGUGACGGCAAAUCUGUUGACCUCAAGUACUGCGAAGAGCUGCGCUUAGAGAAGAAAUGGCAGAUGAAUGCUUCCUGUACGGUGGAGUGUCCAGUCAACUGCCAGCUCUCUGAUUGGUCAGCAUGGUCAGACUGCUCACAGACCCGUGGCCUUGAAGGGAAGAUGUGGCGCAGACGGACGGUGGUUGAGGCGUCUCAGGGGGAUGGCAGGCCGUGUCCGUCUCAGAUGGAGCAGUGGAAGCCAUGUCCUGUGCGACCCUGUUACAGAUGGCAGUACGGCCCAUGGUCCGAGUGUCGUGUUGAGGAGGUGGUGUGCGGGGUGGGACUGCGUUUCCGGAACCUGUCAUGCUUUGUAUCAGACGGCUCCGGCGAUGGGAAGAGCAGCAUUGUAGAGGAAGAGCUCUGUGCUGGAUUGGAGCAGGCCGUCGACGGAGAUAAAAAUAUUAUUCUGGAGGAGACCUGCACUUUACCCUGCCCUGGUGACUGUUACCUGAUGGAGUGGUCCGACUGGAGCCCGUGUCAGAGUGUGUGUGUGAAGGGUCAGCGUUUGGACUUCACUCCGGUGCAGGUCCGUUCACGUGCCGCCAUCGCACAGGAACCAGAGAACAUCGCUCAGUGCCCCGAUCAGGAGUGGCAGUCCCGGCCCUGCAGCUUUGGUGAGUGUUAUGAGUACCAGUGGAUGGGCAGUCCUCAGCUGAUCUGGUGUCAGCGCUCAGAUGGAAUAAACGUCACAGGUGGAUGCCCUCCAAUGCUCCUGCCAGGGACGGACCAGUCAUGUGAUCCACCUUGUGACAAACCACAGACAUUCUGCUCAGAGGAGGGCGUAUGUAUGUGUGAGGAGGGCUAUACCGAGGUGCUGACGGCCGAGGGGAUGCUGGAGCAGUGUACACCCAUCCCUGUGCUCGAAAUCCCCACUGCAGGGGACAAGAAAUCUGAUGUGAAGACCAGCCGGGCCAUCAACCCCACCCUGCCCACCACGGUACAGCCUGGCCGUGUCGGACGCACCUGGUACCUGCAACCCUUUGGACCAGAUGGAAAGCUGAAGACAUGGGUGUAUGGUGUGGCGGCAGGUGUCUUUGUCCUCCUGAUAUUUAUAGUGUCGAUGAUUUACCUCGCAUGCAAAAAGCCAAAGAAACCUCAGCGAAGACAAAACAAUAAUCGAUUGAAACCCCUGACCCUGGCGUAUGACGGAGAUGUGGACAUGUAGCCUUUCUCGGAAAACUAACGUCAUGAAAGUAUCAUCAGCAAAUGGUUGAAUCUCAUGAAAACAUGGGUCACAUUAUACCCCAAAUUCUAAUGAAAAAAAAAU